AUGGCGCUGCUCAGUGCCGCCGUGCACUCGUGGCCCCUGGCGGCCCUGGGCCUUGCCAUCCUCGCCCUGGCCGUCCGCCUCGCCGUCCGGCCGACCCGGCUCAGGCGCAACGGCAUCCCCCUGAGGAAACCGCGCGGCUCGCUCCCCUUGCUGGGUAACGGCAUCGUGUUCCUGCGCCCGCGCCAGGCGCUCUUCUCGUGGUUCAGCCAGCGCGAGCGCGAGUUCGGCCGCGAGACGUACCAGAUCUCGGUGCCGACGCUGCCGCCCGGCGUCGUGCUCAACGACCCGGCCAACGUCGACUACGUCUUCAAGAACGAGGCCCUGUUCAAGAAGGGCGAGUUUGUGAAGCGACGCGCCUGGGAUCUCUUUGGCCAUGGGAUCAUCAAUACGGACGGCGACCUGUGGAAGGUGCAGCGCAAAGCCGGGUUGCACUUCCUGAGCGUCCCGAAUAUGCGCGUCCUGACCGACGUUGCCCUGCCGCGCUACCUCUCGGCGAGCAUGAAGUUGCUUGAGCGCCACGCGGACUCGGGGCAGGCCCUGGACAUGCAGACCGUCUUUCACGAGAUCACGUCCCAGCUCAUGGGGAAGAUGGCCUACAACAUGGAAAUGCAUGCCGACGACGACUUCACGCUGGCAUUUGACUACGCCUCGGGCGUGACCGGAGAGCGCUUCCAGAACCCCAUGUACACACUGACGGAGCUGUUCACGGGCUCCCGCUUCAGGCGCUCGCUCAGCGUCGUCAAGUCGUACGGCAGGAGCAUCGUCGCCAAGGCCGUGCGGGACCGGCAGUCUCCUCCCGGCGCGCAGUCGGAAAAGGACGUGCUGGUGGAGACGUCGGGCAGUCUCAUGCAGUCAUUUCUGGACUCCAUCGGAGACGAGGCCAUCGUGGCGGACGCUGCUCUGAACUAUCUCUCGGCUGGCCGAGACACCGUCGCGCAGGCCCUGACCUGGUCACUGUACCUGCUGAUGCGCCGGGGCCGCCAGGCCUCGGUUGAGCGGAUCCGGGACGAGGCGCGCGACGCCCUGGGCACCGACGGCCUCCCCCGCGACCCCGCGGCCUUCACCCCGGCCGCCAUGCCCUACACCAUGGCCGUCUUCUACGAGGCCAUGCGCCUGUACCCGCCCAUCCCCAUCGAGAUCAAGCAGUGCGUCGCCGCCGCCACCCUGCCCGACGGCACCUUUCUGCCCGAGUCGUCCGUCGUCCUCUGGAGCCUCUGGGCCAUGAACAGGUCCCGAGACACCUGGGGCCCCGACGCCGACGACUUCCGCCCGGACCGCUGGCUCUCCCGGGCGUCCGACGACGACGGCGCCCCGCUCGCGUUUGUGUCCAGGGGCGCGUCCGAGUUCCCCGUCUUCAACGGCGGGGCCCACACGUGCCUCGGCAAGAAGAUGGCCGAGCUCAUUGCGGUGCAGGUCAUCCCCUCCGUCGUCUGCGCCUUCGACUUUGGCCCUGCAUACGACGAGCGCUGCGAGAGGGUCAGCAAAAACUCGCUGACUCUCCCCAUGGAGGGUGGCUUGCCCUGUUUUGUCAAGCGAUGCGUGGGCUAG